AUGUGCAUACUUUGUAGCUUGAUUCGAUUUUUAAUUGCUCUCUCAUUGCUGUCAGACCAAACGAAUGGAAGCUUGUCAAGGACUUUCGUGACUGAUGGUGAUUCUAAAGAAUCAGACACUUUCCGUCACCUUCUUAAUCAAGAGAGCAUAAUCCGGAUGUCUUUAACGAAUACUGUUCAAACCCUGACGAGUAAUUUUCAGUCCCUGAUGAAAGACAUGUUGACAUCAAAGGAAUCCACGGGAUCUAGAAUUUCUCAGUUGGAGGCAGAGGUAGAACAUCUCAAAACAGAAAACCAACGACUUGAUUCUGAGUUACAGAGGACCAAGGCAAAGGAAGGAAACUUAUCUUCCUUAAUUGCCUCUAUUCAGGGAUCAUUGACAAAUGUUUCAAGUCUCGUUAGUGUGUCCUCCACCAGCACAUCAUGGAACAGUGGAACACUGGAUUCCUUCGUCAUCACCAAUGAAGGGAAUGGAUACAACCCAAGAAACAAAUUUACUGCUCCUACCACGGGAUUAUCUUUUUCCUGA